UCCAUUGCCCUGAAUGUUCUGUUUCUUGAUUAUGCACUAUAAUACAGCACCUGUAUUUCCACCUUCAGCCGUUUAUUCCUCGAUUUAAAUGUCACACAUCUAUUCAGCGUACUGAUACACUAUAACGUGCCACUUUGUGCUUCCCAGAAACUAGACGUCCUGUUAUGGUCACUUCUCCAAACCUGUAACUUCCGCGACGGCGGCUUUAAAACGCAGGCGGCCCCCAGGUAGGACAUCCAGAAGCGGCCUGCUGACUGCACUAAGAUGCUGCCCCCCCCAACGGUCCUGCUGCUAUGCACGGUCAUGCUCUGCCAGCCUCACGCUUCAGGUGGCGAGGAGAACAUCAGCAGUCCUGUUCUACGGGAAGUGAAGUUUCACUCAGUGGAUUACCGGAAUAUUCUGCACUGGAAGACCCAAUCACACCCUGACGGGAACCAGAAAUAUUUUGUUCAGUACAAAAUCUACGGCGAAAAGCACUGGACCACUGCAAGACACUGCCAGGGCAUCACACAGCUGUACUGCGACCUGAGCCAGCAGACCUCAGACCCCUGGGAGAGGUACUACGCGAGGGUGCAGGCGGAGGUUUCAGGUCACCAGUCCAGCUGGGUGCUGAGUCCCAGGUUCAACCCACACUGGGAGACGUCAGUGAGCCCUCCCACGAUGAGGCUGAACGUGACAGAACGAGCCAUCGUGGUCCGACUCAAACCACCGAAGUCCCCCUACCGGAGGAGACGAGGAAGCUGGAUCUCCAUGAAGAAGCUACAAAAGCUGACGUACAGAGUCUACCUCAUGCACAGUGGCUCCAUACAGGCAAGUGCCACCAGCGUUUAA